AUGACCUCCUACUAUUCACUUACCAGCAUUGUUGGGUUGCUUCUCAUCCAAGCUGUCAUAGCAAUACCGCAUGCUUGGAGCCGCAGCAGCGACUCGGAAGUUUCGAAAUUCGGCUUUGUGAAUGUGUCGGUUUCGACUCUUUGGAAGGACCAAAGCAAGCCCCGUGCUGUGGACGCACCAGCGCUCAGUAGCCCAGUACAAGUCCAAGAAUGGCUGGACUCAAUGACGGUAGACCAGUUCAAAGACCUGAGUGCAAACUCGCGAACAGAGACCCAGGUUCUCUAUGGAUCUCGAGUCAUUAUAACGGAAACCCAGGGCGAUUGGUACAAGAUCGCUAUCCCCGAUCAGCCCGUAUCAACCACCAAACCCCAAAUCGGAUAUCCGGGUUGGGUACCCUCCUCUCACGUGUCAGUGGAUGACGACUAUUAUGGCACUUUACAGCAGACGCUGCCCUUCGCACAGGUGACGAGGCCUAAAAUCGCACCACUCUUCCGAGACGCCCAGCUGUCAGACAAGAUUAUGGACAUUGCUUUCAAUACUCGGCUACCUUUGAUCACUCAGCUUUCCAACGCGACUCAGGUCGCAAUACCGGGCGGGAUCGCCUACUUGAACCGAGCCGACGUCGCGACAUGCAAGCAUAGCUCAGACAUUCCUAGUCCUACAGGUCAGGACAUUGUUGAGACCGGGAGAUUGUUCACGGGCUUACCUUACCUGUGGGGUGGGACCUCUGGGUUCGCCUUUGACUGCUCAGGCUUCACAUACACGGUGUACAAUUCGCACGGCAUCGUGAUUCCCCGUGACUCUGGGCCACAGGCACAGUCAACACUUGGUAUCAAAGUGGAGGUAUUGCAUCUCAAAGCGGGCGAUCUUCUCUUCUAUGCUCACAAUACCACUAGUGCCAGCACAAUCUAUCAUGUCGCGAUGUAUGCAGGGAAUGGAACCAUGUUGGAGGCCUAUAGUUCAGGAGUCCCUCUUCGACUGACUGCUGCACGUCUUGAGACAGAUUAUUGGGGAGCUAAGCGAUUUAUAGGCUCUUAA